AUGUUUGUUCCAUCUGAUGGAGGUUCAUCUUCGGGUAUGGGAGGUCGUCGAACAGGUUCAAAUCGAUCAUCAAGCAAAUGGGAUUAUGUUAAAACAUUUUAUUCCGAUCAAGCAAAAUGGGAUGUUAUCAAAAGUAUCGGAUUUUUUGCUGUAGCAAUAUAUAUGGUUCGAGAUUUAGCAUCGAAUGAUCUUCUUCCCAUGGAAUAG